AUGCAUCAAAAUCCUAAUCUUUUCACCACCAUUUUUGUUGUUUACAACCCUCCAACAUUUAGCUACAGAUCGCACCAACAUCAUAUUCAUAGUCUUGAUCAUCAUAAUUCGAAAAAGAGGACCCAGAAAUCAGCCAUGGAAGAGAUUGUUUCUUUGAUCUUUCAUGGGCGUAAGUUGGUUAAAGAUCUUGAAGAAGCGCUGCCCAACAUACCGAACCAACCCUACCUUCUUAUCAGUUUAUGUGAUGAGAUUAGUAGAGUUUUUGGUGAUGCAAGGGAGCGGUUGAGUUUGGUUGUGCAGGAGUAUGGCCACCAUGAGCCACCACCAACAAUGGAGGUUGGUGGUGGUAGUGGAUCUGUGCCGGAAUGGCUGAGGAGUUCGCAUGCAACAGAUAUGGUCAUUCUUCAUUGCCCCGAACACGUAGAAGAAAACAUGAAGCAGAUAGACGUACAUUCAGAAUACCAGCUCCCAGGAUGGGGGAACACAGAAGUUCCACCAGAGGACGGCUACACUUGGAGAAAAUAUGGUCAAAAGGAAAUUCUCGGGUCAAGGUUUCCAAGGGGAUAUUACAGAUGUACCCAUCAAAAGUUAUACAACUGUCCAGCCAAAAAACAAGUUCAAAAACUAGAUAACGACCCCAAUACAUUUGAAGUGACGUACCGAGGUGACCAUACAUGUAUCAUGUCCUCCACUGCUCCGUCGAUGCCGCCACUACCACCACCAGCAGCGGAGGCUAUACCCAUCCAAUCUCUACCAUCUCAUCAUGAUUUGCCACCUUCUUCUUCACAGACCCCUCAAUGGUUAUCCAUGGAUAUCAAACAGUCGGUGGGAGAUCUUUACAGUAUUACUCAUCAUCAUGGCAUGCAAUCGUAUAGGAAUCAAUCAGCUGAUAUUGGUGGCGAAGCUGCAGGUCCAUCAUCUCCGACGACUAGAUAUGUUGAGUAUGGUACUGGAAUGACAGAUUUGGAUUUGGUUGAUACGAUGUUUAACUCCGGGAGUAGCAGCAAUAAUAGUAUGGAACUCAUUUUUCCUCAAAUGGAAGAAACAAAGGACGGCGGAGACAAGACAAAUUAG